CAUCGCCUGUCGAGCUCGCCCGCCGCAGCCGCCGCCUUCAGCCCGUUUUCUAGUGAGUGGGAUGGCGAGCGCUUUCCCCGGCGGGGAACCGGUGAAAUGAACUCGCGGAGGCAAUGGGCGCUCGGGGGUUUAUGCAGACUUUUCCCUGCCUCUGGAUGUUCCUGCACAGAGCAUUUACGUAACCCGCAGCCUCUCCCCCAACCUUUUCAGUUUCUCCCAGCGCUGCUGGCAAGCCCGAGCCGAGGGUGUUUUGUGUUACACCAGACAAGCUGGUGACGAUUCGCUCAGGAGGGGAAAAUCCUCGGCUGCUUCGCUCGAAGGGGAGCCAUGCAUUCGGUGAUUUGGGUCGAAGGGCUCCUGUGUCAACUGUUUGUAUUUCUAACUCCUGCUCGGGGGUUGCGUUUACAUCCGAAACAAGAGAAUUUCAUAAAGCAGCUGAGAUCUUAUGAAAUCAUUACGCCGACACGGGUGAACGACUUCGGAGAGGUCUUUCCUCACGCCCUUCACUUCAGGAGAAGGAAGCGGAGCUCUGGGCUGGAUCUGUGGGCAGCCCGGGCUCACUACCAAAUCAGCGCCUUCGGACAUCUCUACCACCUAAACCUCAGCGCCGACUCCGGCUUCAUCGCGCCCUCCUUCCGAGUCAGUCACCUGGGCAGCAGCGAGCCCGGGGAGCCGCCCUCGGACCUGAAGCACUGUUUCUACGCGGGGCAUGUCAACUCUCAGACGGAGCACACUGCCGUGGUCAGCCUCUGCACUGGCCUGAUGGGCACUUUUCAAACUCGUGAUGGACAAUAUUUUUUGGAACCUCUCAUGAAGCCAGAUGGAGACCAGUACGAAGAUGAGCACAAUAAACCCCAUCUCAUUUACCAAACAGAGAUGAGGAGGAAUUUCUUUAGCCCUUGGCCUCAACAAAAGCCUGAAGUGCCACAAAAUCAGGUUCAAGAACAGUUACUUCCCUUCAACCAUGUGGUUAAUGUUCUAGAGCACGUGGAGAUCAAGAAAGAGGAUGUUACAGGCCUUUCGGCCCACAAUGUUUCGAUAGAGGGGAAACGGAGAGACGUGCAUACACGGCAAAAGCGCUUUUUGUCCUACCCAAGAUUUGUGGAGGUCAUGGUCACUGCUGACAGCAAAAUGGUCUAUCACCAUGGGAAGAAUUUGCAGCACUACAUUUUAACACUUAUGUCAAUAGUGGCUACAAUCUACCGAGAUUCAAGUGUUGGAAACCUCAUCAACAUUGUUGUUGUGAAGUUAGUUGUGAUUCACAAUGAACAAGAAGGCCCAUCCAUCAGUUUUAAUGCAGCUACAACUCUUCAUAGCUUCUGUGUGUGGCAGCAGACUCAGAACACCUUGGAUGAUGCCCACCCAUCUCACCAUGAUACUGCAGUCCUAAUCACUAGGGAAGACAUUUGUAGAGCUAGAAACAAGUGUGAUACUUUGGGGCUAGCAGAACUUGGUACAAUGUGUGACCCAUACCGUAGCUGCUCCAUCAGUGAGGAGAACGGACUGAGUGCUGCUUUUACAAUAGCGCAUGAACUUGGGCACGUGUUCAACAUGCCUCAUGAUGAUAGCUUCAAAUGCAAAGAGGCUGGGGUGAAGCAUCAAUAUCAUGUUAUGGCUCCAACCUUGAACUACCACACCAACCCAUGGACCUGGUCAAAGUGCAGCCGCAAGUAUAUCACAGAGUUUCUAGACACCGGUUAUGGAGAAUGCCUACUUGAUGAACCCGUAGCGAGGAACUAUGACUUGCCAGCCCAGCUACCUGGUGAAAUCUACAACGCAAACAAGCAAUGUGAACUUAUGUUCGGAGCAGGAUCACAAGUGUGUCCUUACAUGAAACAAUGCAAACGGCUGUGGUGUACAAGUGCAGAAGGGGUGCACAGGGGUUGCCGUACGCAACACAUGCCUCUGGCUGAUGGGACUGACUGUGGCCAUGGGAUGCACUGUUGGCACGGACUUUGUGUGAACAGAGAGACGGCGGCAAGGCCCGUGAAUGGAGAGUGGGGACCGUGGGGACCAUAUGGAGUGUGCUCCAGGCUGUGCGGCGGAGGGAUCAGAAGUGCAGUGAGAGACUGUAACAAGCCAGAGCCCAGGAACGGUGGGAAGUAUUGCGUGGGCCGCAGAAUGAAAUUCCGAUCCUGUAACACUGAGCCGUGUCCAAAGGGAAGAAAGGAUUUCAGGGAAGUGCAGUGCUCAGAGUUCGAUGGGAAGCACUUUAACAUCAAUGGCUUGCCGGCAAACGUGCGCUGGCUUCCGAAGUACAGCGGCAUUCUGAUGAAGGAUCGUUGCAAGCUCUUCUGCCGUGUGGCUGGGACUACAGCGUAUUAUCAGCUCAAAGAUCGCGUCACUGACGGUACUGCAUGUGGCCCCGACACGAAUGAUAUCUGUGUACAAGGCUUGUGCAGACAGGCAGGAUGUGACCAUGUGUUGAAUUCCAAAGCGAGGCGGGACAAAUGUGGGGUAUGUGGAGGAGAUAAUUCCUCGUGUCGGACUCUGGCUGGUACUUUUAACAAUGCACAAUAUGGGUAUAAUGUUGUCGUGCGAAUACCUUCAGGAGCCACAAAUAUUGAUGUACGGCAGCACAGUUACUCAGGGAGGCCAGACGAUGACAACUAUCUUGCUUUAUCCGACAGUGAAGGUAAUUUCAUCCUGAACGGAAACUUUGUGGUGAGCAUGUUUAAGCGAGAAGUAAGUGUGCAGGGAACCACAAUCGAAUAUAGUGGCUCAGACAGUGACGUGGAACGCAUUAAUUGCACUGGCCGAAUUGAAGAAGAGCUGAUCCUGCAGGUUUUAUCCGUUGGAAAUUUGUACAACCCUGAUGUGCGUUACUCCUUUAAUAUACCAAUAGGGGACCAGCUGGGAUUGUUUGUUUGGGACCUGUAUGGUUCAUGGCAAGAGUGCAAUAGACCGUGCCAAGGGGUACGGAGGAGAAAGGUUGUCUGUGUGCGGAAAGGUGAUCAGUUGGUUGUUUCCGACCAACGAUGUGAGCAUUUUCCUCGCCCGGUUGCAGAGAGUGAGCUGUGCAAUAUGGACUGUGAGUUAAGGUGGCACGCAAUAGGUAAGAGUGAAUGUACGGCGCAGUGUGGGCCAGGACACAGAACACGGGACAUUCACUGCAUGAGGUACACCCAUGGGAAAGGACUGAGUGAGUCCAUGGAUGACAGGUACUGCGCCAAUCAACCGAAACCUCCCAGUCGAGAGCCCUGCCAUGGCGACUGCCUCAGGACCAGUUGGCAUUAUACGUCCUGGUCACAGUGUUCAAUGAGCUGUGGCAGCGGAACAAGGACACGGGAGGCGUACUGUGUGAACAACCUCGGGAGACGCCUUGUAGACCGGGAGUGCGCCGAACAUCAAAGCAUUGUGUCUCAGAGAUGUAACGAAUUUCCCUGCCCUGAAUGGGCAGCCAGUCAAUGGAGUGAAUGUCUUGUAACAUGUGGGAAGGGCACAAGACAUCGACAAAUUUCAUGCCUGCUGAAUAAUGAACACCUGAGGGAUGACUUCUGCAACCCAAGUACCAAGCCAGAGACCACGGGGACAUGUGAGCUCCAGGAAUGUGCCUCGUGGCAGGUCGGAGCAUGGGGGCAGUGUGCUGCUACCUGCGGCCGUGGAUAUCGCAUGCGAGCAGUGAGGUGUGUGGUCGGGACGUUUGGUGCAGUUAUAGACGACAGAGAGUGCAAUGCUGCAACGCGCCCAAGAGAUAACCAGGACUGUGAGAUGCCUCCCUGUUUAGAACCUCCUAAGAUGGUCCCAACUCCAAGUCAAGCCACUCAGAGAGGGACGAUGGCCCAGUGGAGAUUUGGAUCCUGGACUCCCUGCUCAGUCACCUGUGGGGAAGGAACCCGUGCCCGAUACGUCAGCUGCAGAGACGCCCAGGGCGGUGUAGCCGAUGAAUUGUUCUGCGCUCACUUGCCUCGCCCUCCCGAAGCAUCGAUGUGUUAUAGUCCCUGCGGGCAGUGGCGUGCUGGGGAAUGGUCAUCUUGUUCUGCCAGCUGUGGUCCAGGGACAGUGACCCGUCAAGUUGCCUGUGUCACCUAUCACCACCAGCUCACGGUCGAGAGUGACUGCGAUGCCACAGAGAGACCAGCCGAGGAGCAAGAGUGCAGUGUGGCCUUGUGCCCCCCCGUGUACCCCCCGCAUGACUACCCCAGCCACUUCCCACAGCAUGACUACCCGCUGCCCCAUGCGGACUACCCCUCCCGCGACGUGGUCAGUCAGAACGUAUGGAACAAUCCGUCAGGGGCAAGUCAGUGGAGGACAGGACCUUGGGGAGCAUGCUCGAGCACUUGCACAGGUGGAUUUCAGCGGAGGGUGGUCGUCUGUCAGGACGUGGAAGGAAGAAGCGCCGACUCCUGCAAUGAGAAUGCGAAACCUGCAGAAGCCAGGCACUGUGAUGCUGGUGCCUGUCCUCACUGGAACUACGGCAACUGGGGUGAGUGUACACAGCCGUGUGAUGGUGGAACAAGGACAAGACUGGUUAUCUGCCAGCUGCCACAAGGCCAACAACUGAGCGACCAAAACUGUGAUAUCUUGGAAAAGCCUCCAGACAGGGAACAGUGCAACAUGCAGCCUUGCUCUGGCAGUGUCUCAUGGCAUCGCGGACCAUGGAAUUCGUGCUCCGUGUCGUGCGGGAAGGGUACCAAGCAGCGGAGAGUGGGCUGCGUUGACACAGGGCAGGUGGCCGUGGACCACAAGCACUGUGAGCAUUUGAAGAAGCCACGUGUUUACAAGCGGUGCCGAGCCGGUCGGUGCCCCAGCUGGAGGACCACCCCAUGGAAGGAGUGCUCAGUGACCUGUGGAGCCGGGUUUCAGCAAAGGGAUGUCUUCUGCAGGCUGAAGGGUGUAGGUCGGGUAAUUGAAGAGACAUGCAAUCCAUCCUCUCGCCCAGCUGGCACUCAGCAAUGCCGGCUGCCUGCCUGCCUGCACUAUGAAUGGCUAGCAGAUGAAUGGCAAGAUUGCUCCGCAUCAUGUGGUGAAGGCGUGAAGAAACGCAGCGUUCAGUGCAUCAGCCACACCCGGGACCAGAUGGAGGAUGAUUACUGUGACCAUUCAUCCAAGCCUCCUGCUGUGCAAAGCUGCUCCAUUGCACCUUGUGACUACAUUUGGAUUGCAGGGGAAUGGUCACAGUGUUCGGCAAGUUGUGGCCCAGGAUAUCAACGACGGAUAGUUUACUGCAGUGAGGUCCACUCUGGACAAGACCCUUAUUCAUAUGAUCUGCCAACAACCUCAGAGAGCCGCUGUCCAAAGCCACCACCUCCCAGUGUUCAUGAGUGCACCAUCCAGCAGUGUCCUGCCUCAGCGAGCUGGAGAGUGGGAGCCUGGAGCAAGUGCUCAGUGACGUGUGGCUUUGGUACAAUGGAGAGGGAAGUGCAAUGCCUGACCGACGAGAGUCUGCCCAGUGGACUGUGCCAACUCAGCCAAAAGCCGCGGCUUCGUGCUCCUUGCUUCAAUGACGUUUGUGAUGCUUCAGCAAGUUGCAGUGAAAUUCAGAAGAUGAAAGAAGUGCAAGAGGAUGGAGAGUACCUGCUAAAAAUUGAAGGCAAAAUAAUAAAGAUAUACUGUGCAGGAAUGCAUUCUGAUUAUCCUCGGGAAUAUGUAACCUUAUCCAGUGGAGAGGCAGACAACUAUUCUGAAGUCUAUGGCUACAGGUUGCGAAAUCCUUACGAAUGUCCUUAUAAUGGAAACAGAAGGAAGGACUGUUCCUGCAAAAAUGAUUACUUGGCUGCUGGGUACACAGUGUUUCACAGAAUACGGGUUGAUGUCAGCUCAAUGCAAAUCAUAAUUACAGACCUGCAUUUUGCACGGACGGUGCAUGGCAGAGCAGUGCCCUUUGCAACGGCGGGAGACUGCUACAGCGCGGCCAAGUGUCCUCAGGGACGAUUUAGCAUUAACUUAAGUGGAACCGGGUUGAUGGUAGCAGAAGCUUCGAAAUGGAUUGCACAGGGAAACUAUGCAACAGUCAAUGUUCAAAGGUCACAGGAUGGUAUGAAGAUUUAUGGGAAGUGUGGAGGUUACUGUGGAAAAUGUGUCCCCCAAACCAGCACUGGGCUUCUCCUGCAAGUACAGUGAGGCCUGGGCAUGAUGAGAAGACACAGCAACAUCAGGAGGAAGGAAG